GUGCACUCUAGUCCCUGGGAGUGUGGGCAGGGCUGUCUCGGGGCUUCCGUGGGCCAGGCCUCUCCUACUCCGGGAGGAAAACGCAGGGGAAGCCCCCUGUCCGUGCAGGCCCUGAAGAGGAGCCCGGGCGGGGCCCCGGUGCGUUGUCCCUGUCGCCGUCCGUGUCCGGAGCAGCAGCCCGCGCCCGCCCGCUCGGCGCCCUGGGCCCCCCGCCCCGGGCCGGAGGGGCCCCACCCUGCCGGGCGUAGACGAACACCGGCUGGGGACACACGGAGCAGCCGUCGCAGGGUCUGGUCACGGCCUCCAGCGCCCCAGCCCCGGGGAAUGCAGUGGCCCCCGGCCCCUGGAACCUCUCUGUGUCUGGGCUGCACCUCCUUGUUCACCUGCUCCCCGGCCACGACGCUCCGGAGCCGCGCAGGCUGGGCCCCCCUCAUGGCGGCCAAGUGGUUCAAGGAGUUUCCCUUGAACCUGAAGACGGUGUCGGAGCGGGCCAAGCCUGGUGGUGGUGGAGGCGGCAAACUGCGCAAGAACUUGGAGGCGGGCGGCGCAGGGCCCACCCCCGGCAAGGGCCGCAAGAACUCGGCGGCCGAGCUGGGGGGUGGCAGGGCCGGCAUCGGCCUCUCCAAGGACAGCCGGCUGUCCCGGGACAGCCUGCAGGGGCUGAUUCAGGCCGCCGCGGGCAAGAGCCGCAAGAACUCUCGGGCCACCGAGGAGGAGCCCCACCGGGGCGCGGCCAAGAGCUCAGGAUGCAGCACCUACAUCAACAGGCUCAUCAAGGUAGAUACUCAGGAGAAGAAUGGGAAGAGCAGCUACCCCAGCAGCAGUAGCAGCAGCAGCAGUAGCAGCUCUUCCUCUGCGUCCUCUUCCCCUUCUUCCCUGGGCCCUGAACUGGACAAAGGCAAGAGUAUUAAGCAGCAAGACACGGUCAUCAUUUUAGAAGACUAUGCUGACCCGUACGAUGCCAAACGGACAAAAGGUCAAAGGGAUGCAGAGAGAGUGGGGGAGAACGAUGGCUACAUGGAACCCUAUGACGCGCAGCAGAUGAUAACAGAAAUUAGACGCCGAGGGUCCAAAGACCCCCUAGUGAAGGCCCUUCAGCUGCUCGACAGCCCCUGUGAGCCAGGGGAGAUGGGCACGAAGCCCGAGGCGCUGGCCAAGAGACGGAGCUCCAAGGACCUGCUAGGGAAGCCGCCGCAGCUGUAUGACACGCCCUACGAGCCGGCCGAAGGGGGCCCGGAGCGGAAGGCGCGGCCCCCGGACGCCCACGGCCCGCUGCCCGAGGAUGAUGAGCGGCCGGCCGCCGAGUACGAGCAGCCGUGGGAGUGGAAGAAGGAGCAGAUCGUGCGCGCGCUUUCAGUUCAGUUUGAAGGCUCUGAGCGACCUUCCACAAAGGAGGAGACGGUGCGGCAGCACCACCGACAGAAGAGCUGGACCCCGAAGAUCUUGAAGCCAGCGCUCUCUGACCACAGUGAGGGGGAAAGGGUGGACCCAGCCCUGCCGCUGGAGAAGCAGCCUUGGUAUCAUGGUGCCAUCACCCGCGCUGAGGCUGAGAGUCGACUACAGCCCUGCAAAGAAGCCGGUUACCUGGUUCGGAACAGCGAAUCGGGGACCAGUCGGUACUCCAUUGCACUGAAGACUAGUCAAGGAUGCGUCCACAUCAUAGUGGCUCAGACCAAGGACAACAAGUACACGCUGAACCAGACCAGCGCGGUAUUUGACAGCAUCCCCGAAGUGGUACACUAUUAUUCCAAUGAGAAGUUGCCUUUCAAGGGGGCAGAACACAUGACCUUACUCUACCCCGUGCACAACAAGCUACACUAAAGUUCAGCCACGGAAAGCCCUGGCUGGACCUCUCACACCUAGGAGGGCAUCGGCAUUCCACCAGCAUCUCAGGGCACAAGGCUGGAUUGUGCUGUAAUGAUUGGUAGGAAGUGGAAGUCUUCCUUCCUUAAUAAGUCAGAAAGUCUUGGGCUUGAAUCCAUUCCAUGACACUUGGUUAUUGACCUGUCCCUCUUCUCCCUGCUAAGUAGUUCUGUAGGAAGAAAUCAUAACUUACCAGUAGCCUCCACUCUCCAGACUGGGUGUUCUCUCUGGUGCGGCCCUCAGCGAAGUUAGGAGUCCGGGAAUAUCGAAGUUCUCCAGGGAUGCGCUAAUUGUCUCCUGGAACGCCUGGUCUUCACAAACACACCAACACAAAUAUACUUGGCUCUUACAUAAGACAGCAAAAAAAUGGCAUCGGAUCCCUUCUUGGACAAAAAGCUGAAUGGCAGAGAGUAAGGGAAAAGUGGACCUUAGAGAAAACUGUCUUUCUCGGGUGGCUAGUUCAGCUCCACAGUCCAUGAAAAUUCACAACUUUAGGACCUGGCAUAAGGGUUAUUUUGUGGUAAGCCUUCUAAGAAAAUUUGUGCUUUCUCUAUCUCUGUGAGCUUUUUCAUCAUUUCAGCAAAUCAGUAACGUAAACAUAAAUAGGAAGGAUGAGUUAAGAAUCACCAACUGUGGCUUCCAGUUAUGGUGGAGAGGGUAAAUGUGGUACUCGCAUCCUCCCUCAGCCACAUCGAAAUUGUAACUAAACUAUGGAACGACCAUCAUCCAGCACUGGCUGAAAUCUGGCUGAACAGAAGUCCUCCAACUUAGGAUAUAAAGAAGAAGCCACAUCAAGACUGGUAGGAGGAGCAGAGACAUGAACAGGCUGGUCCCACAUCCACAUGUGAUAGAUAAAAAUCGGGAGGGAUAUCUUGGCUGCUGGGGUCACCCUGAAGAGCAAUGGGUCCCAACCCCACACCAGGCCCCGCAGUCCAGGGUUCCAGUGCCAGGGAGAGUGGUCCCCAUAAUUUCUGGCUCUAGAAACCAGCAGGGAUUAGUUCGGAGAGACAGAGGGCUUCUGGGCUCCCAGCCAGUCCCUGUUAAAGGGCCUGUGCGUAGACUUAUUUGGACUCGUUCUCUCUAAGCUACGGCACUGGGGCAACAGCUCAGAGGGCACCAGGGACAUAGGGACAUACGGGGAGGAGUGGAAUUAUCUGGUGUGAGAAGAAGGGCUGGAGGGGCAGCUUUUUCCCAGACAGAAGCGCUGGCAGAGGCUGUUGCUGAGACCUCCCCCCAUAUCUGAGUGUCCAUCAGCCUGGCUGUCGUUGCCCUGCGCUGGUGAUUCCCUGAGACCCUGUCCCACCAGGCCCAUCCCCAUUGUUUCCUGUGGCUUUUCCAUACGAAUGGCCUGUCUUGGCUCCUGCUUCACUUUCUUAGACUUUCUCGAAAAAGCAUCAUUUAGUCUUGUCCUGCCCAGUACCUCUUGCUGAUUUGCCCCAGGCCUGGCACUAGCAGCAGGUGGCCUUAAUUCACAGUUCGGCAUCUCCUGGGCCUUCCAAGCCCAGCACAAGCAGCAGCAUCUAUAGAUCACUUUGUAGUUCAUGCCAGGAGGCCCCAGGGAGAACACAGGUGGCAGCAGCCCUUGGCCUGCACCUCUAGGGAGACCCCAGAGCCAUUGCACCCAGUAGACAGCUUCACACCACGUUGAAGCACCACCCAACCACCUCCACAAGCAACACACUCAAGAGGUGGACCCAGCAGGUGCCAGAGUUCUACUGAAGUAAGUCCUGUUCCAUGGGGUGGGUCCCUGUGUAGCUGAUCCUCCAUGGUGGCUACAGCCAGUCCUUGCAGCUGAUCAGCUGGGGGUCAGUCCCUCCCACUGACAUGCCAACAACAAACAAGGCUCAACUACAACAGGAGGGUGUAUACAGGACAAACACUGGCGGAGGGCACACCUGCAGUGCCCAGCUCAGGUGCUACUGGACCCUACCAAACACCUACUAUAUUAGGCUACUCUACCAGCCUGGGAGACAUAGCAGCUCUGCCUAAUAUACAGAAGCAAACAUGGGAAGCUCCCAAAAUGAGAUGGAGAAACAUGUCCCAAAUGAAAGAACAAAACUCAAGGAAAAAAAAUACUAAAUAAAAUGGAGAUAAGCAAUGUACCAAAUUGGUACAUUGUACCCCCAAGGGUUGUGAGAGUUCAAAACACUGGUUAUAAGGAUGUUUAAUGAACUUAGAACUUCAACUGCAUAAAAAAAGACAUGAAAACAUAAAAAUCAGGCAGAAGUGAAGGAUACACUAAAUGAAAUGAAAAAUAACUUGGACUCACAGUACAGUGGAUGAAGACAAGAAUCAAGUCAGCAAUUUGGAAUAUAAGGAAGAAAAAAGAAUCCCAAAAAAGUGAGGAUAGUGUAAGGAGUCUGUGGGAUAACUUCAAGCAUGCCAAUGUUCCAUCAUGGGGGUGCCAGGAGAAGAGAAUAAGAAAUUGGAAACCUCUUUGAAACAAUAUGACAGAAAACUUCCCUAACCUGGUGAAGGAAAUAGAAAUGCAAGUCCAGGAAGUGAAGAGAGUCCCAAACAAGAUGAGCCCAAAGAGGCCCACCCCAAGACACAUAAUUAAAAUGCAAAAGGUUAAAGGUAAAGCGAGAAUCUUAAAAGCAGCAAGAGAAAAGUAGUUAACUAUAAGGGAGUUCCCAUAAGACUGUCAGCUGAUUUCUCAACAGAAACUUUGCAGGCCAGAAGGAAUUGUCAAGGAGUAUUCAAAGUGAUGGAAAGCAAGGACCAACCAAGAUUACUCUACCCAGCAAAGCUAUCAUUUAGAAUUGAAGGCCCUACAAAGAGUUUCCCAGACAAUAAAAAGCUAAAGGAGUUCAUCACCACCAAACCAGUAUUACAUGAAAUGUUAAAGGGUCUUCUUUAAGAAGAUAAAAAUAGAUUAAAAAUAUGAACAAUUAAAUGACAAUAAAUAUAUAUCAACAAUUGAAUCUAAAAAUCAAAAUGAAUAAACUGAAUAGAAACAGACUCAAAGAGUCAGAAAACAUUUUGACAGUUGCCAGAAGGGCAGGAGAGGAGAGUGGGUGAAAAGAGUGAAGGGAUUAAGGAGUACAAAUUGGUAGUUACAGAACAUUCAUACGGGUGAAAAGUACAGCAUAGGGAAUACAGUCGAUAAUCUAGUAAUUCUAUAUGGUGUCAGAUGGGUACAAGACAUCUUGGGAUGAUCAUUUUGUGAGCUAUAUAAUGUACGAUCGCUGGGGUGCACACCUGAAACUGAUGUAAUACUGUAUGCCAACUGUAAUUAAAAUAUUAAAAAAUAUUUAAAAACAAUCACCAAUAUAAUUAAACACUGGCAUUACUAUAAUUCUGAACUGUAUAAUGAACACAACAAUGAUUUCAUUUCUGAUUUUUUAAAAAUUUGAAAAUUUACAAAGCUCAACAACUGUUUUCUCAUUGGAUAAUUACACAGAACUUCUGAUACCUUUGAUUUCAUCUUUGUGCAUUAUGGUUGUUACAAAACUUUUUAAUUUUUGUCCCUAAAAUUACACUUGCCUUGUAUUUUUAGAGUAAAUUAAACACAUGUUUAUAACUCUAGGAUCUGAUUGUAUGAACUGGGUCACUAAAGCCUGCAAAGUCUCUCAUGCUGUACAAGGCAGACCGUUCACACUGUAUAAAAAUAUUUUAAAAGACUUGAGAUUUUUCUCUAACUCUGCUUAAGGUAUUAAAUCAAUACUGAUACUAUUGUUAUCCUUAAA